AGUCACAAUGGGCGGCCUCAAUCUCGAAGUUUUCAAGUUUGGCAUGUAUGUCAUGUUCCCCAUCGGUGUCAUGUACUACUUUGGCACGAACCUCGACAACCGAUUCGCGGUGCCCGAAUUUUGGCCAAAGGCCGAGCACUCCCACAAGAUCCCGUUUGAUCGCGACGAGAUCAAGAGCGAGUAUAUUCGCCUGGCCAAGAGGCAGCGGGCGUUUGACGAGGUUAAGAGGGAGAGGGAGGCUAGGGAGGCUGCGCAGAACCCGCCUUCGAAUGCGGAGCAGUCAUGAGGGUUUCGCGCUGUAUCAUAUGGGCGUUUUUGGGCUGUCAAAAAGAAGAACGUGCUUGGCUUGGGAAAUUUGUCAUGCGAUUGACGCGGAGUUUUUGGGCGGAACGGAUAUCAUUCCUUGGGGGUUGAUUCGGAUUCUCGG